AUGAAAGAGAACCAAGCCUCCAACAAGUUCAACCUCAUCAAGAACCCAAUAACCGGGAAGCCCCGAAUUAGCCAGGCUUGUGACAGAUGUCGUAUAAAGAAGAUAAAAUGUGACGGAACUCUACCGAGUUGCACUAACUGCUCCAAGAUAGGCUUUGUCUGCAAAAUCAGUGACAGGCUGACACGUAGUUCCUUUCCAAAGGGCUACACCAAGAAUCUGGAACAGAAGCUUAUUGAUAUGGAGCUGGACCGAAACAGGCUUAUGUUAGAACUGAACAGAAUCAAGAAAGAAGGCUUUGAUGGCACUAACAACAACAUUGCUAUGGCAUCGUCCGUCUCCAGUUCUGAAAAUCUCAAGAGUGAUGACUCUUCAGAGUGUCAGAGUGUCACCGUGAGCCUCUCCUCAACGAGUGGCCCCUCUUUAUCUCCAGAGCCAAAGCAAGACGAUUUCCGUUUCAGAGUUGGCAUGGAUGGGUCGUUUGUCCUCAAUCAGUUUCUACAAUCCCCACUUAUGGACUACAUCAAAUCCCUGAAUGUCCUACAGUUUAACGGUUGUGCUAACUUUGAUCAGAGCUUCAAUGAUGAUCCUUUGGUGUUGAACAAAUAUCACAUGAAUCUAAACAGGUUUUUGAACUUGAUUUUUUACAAGUUGCUCCUACCGUUGAUUCACAGAAACUCAAACACUCUUAACGAAAAAUUUGCAGAAGACAACAAUAGUCUAGACUCGUUGAUCUGGAAGUUUUUUACAAACUACAACAAAUUAAUUCCUAUCUUGGAAUUUGAUUCCUUUUACAAGGACUACCUCCAAUUUAUUCACAAAUACUACUCUAAUAAUCAGGUCUUUGUUGAUGGGUUCAGAAAGUAUUUCGAGUUUAGCGAGUUUGAACAGUGCUUUAUUGUCAAGUUGAUUUUGAUUCUCAAGUUCACUCUACCUGUUAUUCACGAUACCUCCGUCCCUUCGGAAAUCUAUAGAUUAAUUUCUAUGGAUAGCCUACAAAGACUAUUUGGAAACAUCGAUUUCCUCAAGCCCUCGACUGACAAAGUUUCUAUUUUGCUGUUGGUCUUGCACUAUAUGGUUCUCUACGAAUCCCCAAAAUCUUUGCUGGACACUCAAGAUGAAGCUCAGAAAUAUGAUGAGUUCAUUGGAAAUUUACUAUCCACUGCAGUUCAUCACAUCACUUCACUCCGUCUUCACAUUGACCCAAGAAAGCUACAAUUUCCAAGACCAUUACCAUCGAAUGGUAAUCGUCUCAGAAUCAAACUUUCUUGGUGCUACAAACUGAUUUCCAAACUUUUCCGUGUCAUUUAUAACAUUGACAAUGACUCCCUCUACAGUUUAGAUGAUUCACACUUGCCUGAAUUGCAGUCUAUCUCUAUCCUACACGAGGAAUUGGAUGUCACCAUUCAGUUCAACAACCUCCUUAAUCUUAUUCCCAACAACUUCCACAGCUUGCGGGACAAGCAAUCGUUGAGUAAGAUCAAGACUCAGUUAUUGGAAUGGCACAAGAAUUUCAACACAGAGUUUGUGGAACAUUUCAAUCUGAACGACACUGACAGUGAUGAGCUCAGUGCCGAAAAAAUCAAUGUGCUGCGAUCCAAGCUAAUUUCUCUAAAUCGUUUGAACUGUUACAACUCUUACUUUCAACUGGUCAUCGAACUACAAUUGAAAGAAAAUUUGGAUAGUGUGGUGUCUGGAAUAUUUGGUUUGUCCAAUGAGAUGCUUAUUGAUAAUAAAUCUUCUACUGAAUUGUUGAACACCCUACAACAAACGCCGAUAAUUCAUCAAUCUUCAAUUUUGGUAUCCCUAUGUUACAGGAUUCAAACUGGUAAUUUGCAGGACGAGAUUUGUUCAAUCUUAGUUAACAAUUAUGAAAAACUACUUCAAUGUAACGAUGCUGGAUUGCCGAUCAAAAUUCUUCCCCAAUUGGUCCACUAUUUUAAGGGCAAAAUAUCAACCAAUUUAUCAAACUCUGCUGCUCAUGAAGACUUGAUGAAUAUGUUCACUUUGAAUGAUAAUCUCUCUACAACUACUACCGAUUUGGACUCUUUCAUAAUUCCGCCAAAGAGGAAACAGGACCAAACACUACCAAUUGGAACAAAGCGCUCAAAGUCUGCUUCCACGUCCUCCGUUAUCUCUAGCGAUGACUGUUCAUUGUUUUCCAACUCGUUAUCUGUGCCAACUACUUUCUCGGGAAGUUCUAUCAGUGUUGGAAUGGAUAAUCCGCCAAGCUCGCUUUUUGGAAGUUACAAGAGACCAUCUUCAAUAGUCAAACAAGAACCAACAAUCAACCCGAGGUCAAAUGGCACUAACACCGAUAGCAAUCUAUUCGAUACCUUUAAUGAUUCUAUCAAAGGCUCUUUGAAUAACGGUUUGAAGAAGUUGAAAGAUAUCAGAUGCAAUUCUGUCGUGGAAAGAUCUCACUCUUCCCAAAGAAAUGAUUUCUUGAUGGAUCAAGAGGACAGUAUAACCAAGGAGACCAUCAACUUUUCUGAGCUUUUCACCUGCGGAACUCCAACUGCGUCUCAGAGUAUUGACAGAUCUCCCAAGUCACUGCUGUUAAAUGACUUAGCUAUAGCUCCCGAUACUUUGGUCAUCAAACCAGACGCUGAAGACCUGGACAGAUUGAAAAACAAAAUCAGAUCUGUCAAAUCAACUGUUCACUAG